ACAAAAAGCUAGUAUUUUUAAAAAAAUGAACAGCUUGUACGUCAAAAAACAAAAACAAACAGCUAGUACCUAGAAAAAGCGAUCAGCUAGUACAUCAAAAAAUCAAACUAGUAUGUAAAAAUAAAAACGAAUAGCAAGUAUCUAAAAAAAGGAACAGCUAGUACGUCAAAAAAUCAAACUAGUAUGUAAGAAAAAAGCGAAUAGCUAGUAUGUAAAAAAAAAAAAAAAACGAACGGCUAGUAUGUAAAAAAAGGAACAGCUAGUACGUCAAAAAUACGAAGAGCUAGUAUUUUUAAAAAUAAACAGCUAGUGCGUCAAAAAAUUGAACAACUAGUACGUCAAAAAUAUGAAUAGCUAGUACGUAAAAAACAAAAAACAACCAGCUAGUACCUAGAAAAAGCGAUCAGCUAGUACGCCAAAAAAUCAAACUAGUAUCUAUUAAAAAAAAAAACAGCUAGUAUGUAAAAAAAGGAGCAGCUAGUACGUCAAAAAACAAACAGCUAGUACGUAAAAAAUUGAGCGACUAGUACGUGAAAAAAAAGCAAAUAGUACAUAAAAAAACGAAGAGCUAGUACGUAAAAAAAUAAACAGCUACUACGUUAAUAAAAUGAAAAGCUAGUACUUUAAAAAAAUGAACUGAUAGUACGUCAAAAAUACGAAAAGCUAGUAUUUUUAAAAAAUAAACAGCUAGUACGUCAAAAAAAUUGAACAACUAGCACAUCAAAAAACAAUCAGCUAGUACGUCAAAAAAUUGAACUAGUAUGUAAAAAAAACGAACACCUAGUACCUAAAACAAAUGAACUAGUCCGUCAAAAAAACAAACAGCUCGUACGUCAAAAAAAUAAACAGCUGGUACGUUAGUAAAAUUAUAACAGCUAGUACGUCAAAAAUACAGUACGAACAGCUAGUAUGUCAAAACAGCUAGUACCCCCCAAAAAUCGAACAACUAAUACAUACAUGAAAAAAAAAAAAACGAAUAGCUAGUACGUCAAAAAAAUUAACAGGUAGUACGCCAAAAAAUCAAACAACUAGUACGUAAAAAAAAAAACAAUGAGUUGGGGAAACAUAAACAUCAAAAAUUAAUAUGAAGAGGGCUCGAACCAUACGUCCACAUAUGACUAGUUGGGAGUCAGAAUGUGUAGGAAAUACUACUUUGGUGCUUUUGAAGUUACAUUUCUAAUUUUUGUCUUUCCAAUUUACAACUUUCUUUUGUAAAUUUGCAUGUUUUAAAGUCCCAGAUUUGCAACUUUCAUAGUCAUAAAUUUACCAAUUUAAGCCAAAAGUCGUAAACUUAAAGAAUAAAUGUAAAAAAAAAAUAAAUGCAAUAUGUGAUACAUCACAUGCUUAACUCUUUACAGUCAUUGUAAGGUAAACUGUUAUAAUCUAUUUGUGAAUUGUUGUUGAUUGUUUUCCACUGACAGUAAAAGUUAACGUGUGUGUUUUGUCUCGUGGGGAGUUCCAUACUUGUGAUCUGUGCUGCGUUCACGCACGCGGGCAGGAGCAGGUUGUUGAUGUUAUUCUACUUCCUGCACUUAUUUCCUCCUUUUGCUGCUGCAGCGGAUCCGUUACAAUCAAUGCCGAUCGAUCCGAUCGAUUGGCUCGGGUUAAGUGGUCCCGUGUCGGGAUUUUUUUUUAUUCUUCACGUUUUUCUUUUUCCUCCAGAGGGAUUUCACUGACUGAGACUCAUGGCAUCAGCAGAAAUAGACGGUGGAAAAUCUCAAGACUCCAGUUUUCUCUCCGGCGAUGUGAGACGGUCUUUGGGGUCCUGGCUGGAGUCCUCGGAGUCCCAGAUGAGAUCGGCAGGUUCCGUGGCCUCCUGGGAAUCAGAGCUCGCCUCCAUCCAGCACUCCUUAAAGUUUGUGAUGAAGCUGAAGGAAGAGUUCAUCUGUCCCAUCUGUAAAGGAGUCGUCCUCAAUCCCCAGCAGAAUUCCUGCGGACACAUCUACUGCUUCCACUGUCUCCAGGGACUUCUAGAGAACUCUUCACUGUCCAGUCCUGUUUGUCCGGUGGAAAAAGCUGCCAUCACCCCGUCAGAGGUAUUCCAGGAUAACUGCUGUAAACGUGAAAUCUCCAGCCUGGAGGUCUACUGCACCAACUCGCCGCUCUGCACGUCUGUCCUCACUUUGAACCAACUGCAGGAGCAUCUGAAGUCAUGUCAGUUCGAGCAGCUGCAGUGCAGUAACCCCGGCUGCUCGGAGCUUCUUCAGAGGAGGUUCCUGCAGGAACACCUGAGCAGCACCUGUCCUCACCGCAGGGAGUCCUGCCCCCACUGCCUGCAGCUGUUCCAGCUCAGCGUCAUCCAGGAUCACGUUCAGAGCUCCUGUCCAGAGGUGAAGGUGAUUUGUCCUGACGGCUGCACCUCUCUGGUCCCCAGAAACAAACUGACGGAGCAUCGAGAGUCUUGUCCGGAGGUUCACACCGACUGCUCCUUCAAGACGUUUGGCUGCUCUGUGAAGGGCAAAAGGAGGAAAGUGAAGCUGCACGAAGACGCUGCUGUUUGUCAUCACGUGCUGCUCGUCCUGAAGAGCAACGCUCACCUGGAACAACAGGUGGUGUUUGUCCAGAAGGAGGCGCUGUUGAGGCAGCAGGGGGUUCAGACGAACACUUUGCUGCUGAGUGACCUGCAGGAGCAGCUGGGAUCUGUGCUGCAGCAGAACCGAAGUCACGAACACGUCGUUUCCGCGGCUCAGAGGACUGUGAGCAGGCAGGAGGACGCUCUGGCGUCUGUCCAGCUGGACCUCCAGCAGGUGUCCCGUGGGCUGGGUUCUGGUCUGGACGAGCUGAAGCAGUUCAAGAAGUCUGUGGACGGAGUCAUGCAGGAGCUGCUGGCAGCCGAGAGCCUCAGAGAGCACUUAGCGUCUCUGGAGGAGAAUCUGAAGCGUCACUCGGGUCUCCUGGAGCUCCACGUCGCUCAGCUCGCUCUCAACAAGCAGCAUCUGCAGGAGCUGGAGCUGACGUCCUUUGACGGCAGACUCAUCUGGAAGAUCAAAGAUUUCCAGAAACAGCGGGAAGCCGAAGCCUCCGGUCAGACUCCGUGCCUGAGCAGCGUGCCCUUCCACACCGGCCGCUGCGGCUACAAGAUGGCCAUGAAGGCGUACCUCAACGGAGACGGCGAGGGGCGAGGGACUCACCUGUCCCUCUACGUGGUCCUGAUGCCUGGAGACUUCGACGCUCUCCUGCCGUGGCCUUUCAAACAGACCGUGUCUCUGUCUGUUCUGGACCAAAGCGGUGCCAGGAACCACCAGAGUCUCAACUUUCGGCCCGACCCGACAAACAAAUGCUUCCAUCAGCCGGCCGCAGAGUCCGUGAGCAACGUGGCUGUCGGGUUCCCGUGCUUCAUUUCUCUGGACGCGCUGGAAGCUCCAGGGAACGCCGUGUACGUCAAAGACGACACGCUGUUCGUCAAAGUCAAGGUGGACACGACGGGCUUGGAGCAGCUCUGAGAACUUUUCAAUCGUAUUUCAGGUUUUACUUUCAUGGAACUGAAUGUUUUUGCUGUUAAAACAAUUUUACAAAAAUGUAUUUUUGUCCAAGAACUUGAAGUACCUUCAAAGGUGUGAAACAAAUAGUUUGAGAAAUAAUCAAACAUUUGUGUCAGUCCUUGUCUGACGAUCUUGACAUUUCAUGCUGAUAUUCCACUGCUCACUGCACUGUCAUUUUUUAAAGAUUAUAUUGUGUUAAUUAUGAGUAAUUUAUGCUAAAAUAAAUAAUUGCCUAAAUUACUUUUUUUUAAAUUAAAGUUUUAUAAAGUGUA